AGUAUCUUUUCCAUUUUUCAUUUCAAUGGAUGUGGAUGGCUAUAAUUCCAUAUUUGAAUUAUACGGAGUGAUCAUUCAUAAAGGAGAAGCCACUUUUGGGCACUAUUACUCAUACAUAAAAGAUUUCAAGUCGGGACAAUGGUUUGAAUGUAAUGAUGAUAUUAUUACUCUCAUACCACCACAUAAAAUUGAAAGUACUUUUAGCGGAAAAUCAAGCGCAUAUAUGAUAAUGUAUCGACUUUUUGAUAGAAACAGAAAUCGAGAAGCUUACACAAUCGAUGAACUCCCAGCGCAUUUAAAAUGAUACUAAGAAAACAAAAAAAACUUUAGAUACUCUAUUCGUGAAUAAAUUGAAUGUUGAUGGUCCUGAAUAAGUCGCAUAUUAUAAUGUAAUUUGUGUUCCUUAUUAGUUAUUUGUUGAAUUACUUUGAGAAGAGCUAAUGCUUGAGUCGUAUAAAUUGGACAUACGAUCCGUAAUGUUUACUUACAUUUAUAUUCUAAACUAAAACUAAGAAUAAAAGUUAAAUACACAUUUAUAAAAUAAUAAUUAAAACUACAAUACAAUAUACUAUGUCAUUUUAUAAAAACUUUUAUAUUAUACUUUUGUAUGUUAAUAAAAUAUUUAUAUUUAACUAAU